CCUCCCUACUCCUCUUCCUCCAUCUCCCCAUUCUCCUUUUCGGCAAGAAAGUUCCUCUCCUUUCUCACCUUUUCCGUCAGUUUUCUACGUCUCUCUUCCUCCAGCUCCUCCUCUCCUUCCUCAGCCCUUCCUUCCUCUUUCUCCUCCUCCUCCUCCUCCUCCUCCCCCUCUUCCUCCUUUCUCUCGGCCCCCUCCCCCACCCUACUGCUCCGCCUCCACAGCAUCCACCGUUUUAUCGCCAUCAUCUUCAACAACAAACUUCCCUCCUCCUCCUCCUCCUCCUCCUUUCUCUGCAGAACUCUCAGAUCUACAGAUGGCUGACCUUCCUCCUCUUCCUCCUCUUCCUCCUCUUCCUCCUCUUCCUCCCUCCCUCUCAUCCCGUGGCCCUCGAGGCGUUCCUCGCCUGCUGGUCACUGCCCAAGCUUUGCAGGGUGUCAAACUCCGCUCCGUCGGGAAGAAGAAAAACCAAAAACCCAGCUCAGACGCUCGUCCUGAUCUCGAGGCUAACGUUCAUGCUAAGCUAGCUGCAACGGGAUCGCCAAACGUUGCCCGUAACCUAGCUAGCAACGAAGCUAACGUACCUAGCACUUUAAUGAGCGACGCUAACCUUUGUUCGACGACGAAUUCUCACGCGAAGCAACUUGGACGCAAAUCUGAUCCCGAUGGCUGCAGCCGAACAGAGAGUGUUGCCGCGCUGUACGCCGAUGUCCCGAUAAAAAACGUCGUUGUAGAUAACCACGACCACGCUAGCGAUAAACUUCGCAACGGCAAAGACGCUCCAGAUGCCGAGAACAAAGAACGAGAGAGAGAAGAUCGUGACGUACAGACGUACCCUGCUCCUACUGCCUCCGAUUCUCCCUGGGUCAAAAUAUCUCACGAUUCAGACAAGAACCACUCCAACGCUAGCGUCGAACGUACGUCUUCGCAGCGGCAAAAACGCGGCACAGGCGCUACGCUAGCCGAGCCCGCGGAGAAACGGGGAAACGCAGGUUCGCCGCCGUCGCGCCGAACGCUCUCGGGGACCAAACGAGAGUCUCGCGGAGCGAAUCGGUCGCAGCGGGGAGACGAAACGGAGGCUAACGCCGCGAACAGUUCAGCUGAAAGGGAUUUAAAUGUGAGUGAAAGCUCCCUGGGUAAAGCCACGCGUAAACAAAGUGGCGGAGAAAUUCUCAACAGCCAAUCACAGCGCGCCGUUGACUCUUUGUGUACUUCUACGCAGCAGCGUUCGAAGCGCACAAAUUUCGCCGCAAGCUGCGCGGAGAGAACACAGAUAAGUUCGCCAGGCAGCUCGCCGCAAACGCAGAAGCAGCUGGAUUGCUAUUCGAUGUCGCCCAAAACGAACGGACCAAUCACAGCCAGCGCAUACGGAGCGACUUCUGACCAAUCGGACGCGGCCGACCCCUGGAUCAUCAAGAUGAGAGUUCAGGAAGAAGAAGAAGAAGAAAGGAAGUCCUCGCUGGCUGGAGACGAGAAGCGGAGGGAGGAAGAGGAAGAGCAAGCGAAGAAGAUGCCGCUGGUGAUGACGAGGCAGAAACAGCGAGCGAGGAAGAGGAGGAAGAGGAGGGCAGGCAGGCAGCAGCAUCAUCAGCUGAUGAUGAUGUCAUCAACAACAAUGUCAUCAUCAUCAUCUUCUUCUUCUUCAUCCUCUUUGUCUUCUUCCUCCUCCGGAGACGAAGGAGAAGCGGCGGCGGCCAAUCAGAGGCCCAGGAUGAGGAUGAGGGCGGUUCCUGAGGAAUGCUGCGCUGUGAUUGGUCGGAGCAGAGCGCUGGGUCUCCCAGACCUCCGGAUACACAAAGAAGAAGAAGAGAGAGAGGAAGAGGAAGAGGAGGAGAACGGAGAGGAGGGAGACCAUCUGUUGGUCACAGUCUCUGCAGAUCAGCUGUUUGUCUCUGAGAGACAACGAACCACCGAGGAGCUGUUCACUGCCAUCCACAGGUCCAAGAGGAAAAUGUUAGAAAGAAGAAGAAGAAGACAGGAUUCAGCAGACGCCAGACAUCCUACCUCGUCCUCUCCGGUGGUCCCGCUCGCCAUCCCGCCGUGCCCGCCGCGCCCGCCGUGCCCGCCGUGCCCGCCGCGCCCGCCGUGCCCGCCGCGCCUCGCCGCUCGCAGCGAGAGCUUCAAGGCGCUGCUGCUGAGGAGAGGCUGCCGCUCGGCUCCGUCCUCUCGUCUCUCGGCUGUCGAGAGGCUCGGCUCGCUUCCCUCUGCCGUGCGCGGUCGAUCCCUCGCGCCUCUCUGCGCGCCCCCCAGAUGGCGCUCUGCGGCUCGCCGUCGGCGCCUCCGCGGCGCCCCGACGAUGGACGCCAUCUUCGAACGGGACAGCGAGCGCGAAGAGGAGGAGGAGGAGGAGGAGGAGGAAGAGGAGGUUUUUAAGGGAGGAGGAUCGAGAUUCCUUCACGGAGAAACGGAAGUACAGCGGCGAAUAGGAGUGGAUUAG